AAAAAAAAAACACAGAUGGAAAACGACUCAAGUGACGGUAAUAACAACAACAACAACAAAAACCCAUUAAUUCAAUACAUGAUUAGUCCAAGACUGAAAAAACCAUCUCCGAUUCUCUUACCCUUGCCUGAAGACAACGAAGUCGCUAUCCCGAUGCCUAUGACACCGUCUGAGUUCAAAGACCGUUUAAUCUUCGGACCUUUCUCACCCUCUCCUCGAGAUUCCUCUCACUACUUCGAUCUUCACUCUCCGUCAUCCUCCUCCUCCGCCGCCGGAGACACCUCAACGCUAACACCACUCCUCCCACCACAACAAGACUCAUCCUUCCACGGCCACGCGCUCCACAGAUCAAAAACCGCACCAGCGAUGUCCGCGAUCAACGAUCUCCACCUCCCAAUCCAUCAACACAAAGAUCUAACGUCAUCAUCACGUUCCAUCGUAAGACAAGCUUUUGCUCUCCUCGUUGUUUACCUCUCCUUAGGUGUUCUCAUCUACUGGCUGAACCGUGAGCAUUACGUAGUGAACCAAACCCAUCCCGUUGUUGAUGGCUUAUACUUUUGUAUCGUCACAAUGUGCACCAUCGGUUACGGAGACAUCACACCGAACAGCGUCGUCACGAAGCUGUUCUCGAUCAUGUUUGUGCUCGUUGGGUUUGGUUUUAUAGAUAUUCUACUUAGUGGGAUGGUCUCUUACGUUCUUGAUCUUCAAGAAAGCUAUAUGUUAGACUCUGCUAAGAGGAGAGACGAGCCGGAUAAGACUAUGAGGAGAUCGUAUAUAAUCGAUGUUAAGAAGGGGAGGAUGAGGAUUAGGUUGAAAGUGGGAUUAGCGUUAGGUGUUGUGGUUUUAUGCAUUGCUCUUGGUGUUGGGAUAAUGCAUUUUAUUGAGGAUAUUGAUUGGUUGGAUUCGUUUUAUUUAUCGGUUAUGUCGGUUACUACUGUUGGUUAUGGUGACCGGGCGUUUAAGACGUUGCCCGGUAGGCUUUUCGCUGCGGUUUGGCUGCUUGUGUCUACGUUAGCUGUGGCGAGAGCGUUUUUGUAUUUGGCUGAGGCGAGAGUUGAUAAGAGGAAUAGAGAAAGGGCUAAGAGAGUGCUUUGUGAGACUAUGUCUGUCUCUCAGUUCUUUGCUGCUGAUAUUGAUAACAAUGGAUGUGUGAGUUUACACUUUACAGUAGUGAUCAACAAUGUUGGUGAUGCUAAUAUGUAA